AUGUAUCGAUCUAUAUUAUGCACACUUGUUGCGGCAUUGAUCCAUGCGUCAGCAGCACGAGAUGUCUUUGCUCACUACAUGGUGCAAGGUCUUGAUGGUGGGACGACCCACGCGGCCGACGAUGUCAAGGCAGCAUUGGCGAUGGGUAUCACCGGAUUCGCUCUCAACGUUGGGGACGCCUCCGCAUUGUGGGCAUUAGACUCUAUCAGUCAGCUCUUUACAGCUGCUUCUGGAACUGAUCUCAAGUUUUUCUUCAGCAUGGACUUGGCGCAAGACAAGAAUGCAUACAAUUUCACGAACCUGAUCAACCGGUAUAUCAGUAACGCCAACUAUUAUACCUACAAGAACCUACCCUUUCUGAGCACCUUCAGCGCCGCAGGUACGGGUCCCGAGUACUGGCCAGACUUCCUGGCCAAGCUAGAGAGAGAUGUAUACUUCGUGCCUGACUUUGACGAUGGAUUGGAUUAUUACACCAACUUUGACGACUGGCUGGGGGCCUGGGGAGGGGUUGUCCAUGGCAUCUUUAGCUGGGAGACGACAUGGCCGUCCACAAGCGAUACGACGUCAAAUGUCAGCACAAGUCAGGACGAUGCUAUCAUGACGUCGGCUCACAAGGCUGGAAAGUCGUACAUGAUAGGCCUUUCCAGCUUGCAGUACAAGCAUUGGUCUGGUAAUCACUGGUAUCGAGCGGGCGAGGUUAACCUGCCUGAGCGCAUGACUCAGAUCCUGGCACUCCAUACUUUACCCGAGUUUGUAGAGAUUCUCACUUGGAAUGAUGCAGGUGAAAGCCACUAUAUCAGCGAGCUCCACAAUGAAGGCCUCACACCAGAGAUCCUAGCCUACGCCAAUAAUGCCGGGUUUCCCCACACUGGCUGGCAGCCGCUGAUCACUUCAUUUAUCACCGCGUUCAAGAAUGGGGUCGACGCGAGCGGAAUGCGGCCGCCCUCUGGCAAGGCCAUGAUCGGUUCAAUGUGGUACCGCACGAUACUGACGAGCGCGUCAUGCUCCUCCGACAGCUUGGGCAAGCCGUCGGGGUCUGGCGCAGCCAAGGAUGCAGUCAACUGGGCCAUCGUGGUGAACGAUGGGGUGGCAGGCGUUAAGGCGCAGGUGUGGAGCGACGGGGAGCUGAUCUGGAAGAGUAGUCUUUCUGCUGGACUGAACUAUUUCAGCACACCCGGCAUGCGGGCAGGCAUCCAGUAUAUCGAGGUUGUGGACGGUGAAAAUAAGAUUCUCUACUCGGCUCAGGGUGCAGUCGACGUUCAGGCUGAGGCUGGCAGCGUUUUCUGCUCCAACGUUACCUUUUGUCAACGCUACCUGUUGUCAACGCAGUUCUCACUCCAGCUCGGCGGCUCCGGUCCGGUGUUGCUCGGUAGCACAAGCCGGCUGUGGUCAUUGGCUUCAGCCAAACCCGCUUCUGUUGUGACCCUGCGGUGCCGACAGCUUGGCCAUAGUUACAACCGCGAACCUACUUCUCGAGGCAUGCAGACCGAGGAGCCGGAGUCGCAAGGAUGCGUCUUGCAUCCAAGACUGCGUACUGUGCCUCACUGCAGUUCGGUGGAGCCGGGCUCGACGGCCAUCUUUGCUCGACCCUUCGAAGUGCGUGCUGUAGCCAACCCCGGCCUGCUGGAAAAGUUGGACAGCGGCAUGCUUCCGCCCCAUGCAUUGGACGGUGGGUCGAGGUGA